AUGAAUGAUCAACAAAAUCCUCAUCAUGAGGUGAAUGCCUUUCAAUAUGAGGAUAUGGACGGACGUGCUGGGGCUGAAGAAGCCCCAGGUCCCCUACCCGAUAUGCGGGCAAUGAGCCUCAAAAGAAAUAUACGUCGUUUGGACUCGAUUGUACCGACGGCUGGCCGAGAAGGUGCCGACAUCCAAUUCAACCUCUAUAAGGGCCGCGGAGUUGCAGUGUUCACAUCUGGAGGUGACUCUCAAGGUAAAAAGGUUCUUGAGAUUACCAGUUCUCAUGAAGUAGUGUUCUGCAACGGGUAUCUCAUAGGAAUGAACAGCGCUGUACGAUCGGUAGUUCGUAUGGGUAUAUAUCUCGGCUGUAAAGUGUUCUUUAUCAAUGAGGGUUACCAAGGAAUGGUCGAUGGAGGUGACAAUAUCGUCGAAGCGAGCUGGAACUCCGUGUCUGACAUCAUUCAGAAAGGUGGAACAAUUAUUGGUUCAGCGCGCUGUAACGAUUUUCGGCAACGAGAAGGUCGACUAAAGGCUGCAUACAACCUUAUUGAGAAAGGCAUUACGAAUUUGGUAUGCAUUGGUGGUGAUGGUUCACUUACUGGUGCUAAUCAGUUCCGUAAAGAUUGGCCUGGCCUCAUCCAGGAACUGGUGGACUUGAAAAAAGUAUCUCCUGAAACUGCAAAAAGCUACCCCAACAUUCAGAUUGUUGGCCUUGUCGGAUCAAUUGACAAUGACUUUUGUGGUACUGACAUGACAAUCGGUACUGACAGCGCACUGCAGCGUAUAAUUGAAUCAAUUGACGCUGUAGUUGCCACUGCUCAAAGUCAUCAACGUGCGUUCGUGGUUGAAGUCAUGGGUAGACACUGCGGUUACCUUGCUCUGGUUGCUGCUUUGGCAUCUGAAGCUGAUUUCUGCUUCAUCCCAGAAUGGCCUCCUCCAGUCAACUGGCGUGAAAUUCUCUGCAAAAAGUUGCAGGAGAUGAGAGCUGAGGGUCAACGACUGAACAUCAUUGUCGUUGCUGAGGGAGCGAUUGAUCGCGAUGGUACUCCAAUACCGGCUGACCUCGUUAAAGACGUCAUCUCUAAGACACUCAAAUACGACACAAGGAUGAGAGCUGAGGGUCAACGACUGAACAUCAUUGUCGUUGCUGAAGGAGCGAUUGAUCGCGAUGGUACUCCAAUACCGGCUGACCUCGUUAAAGACGUCAUCUCUAAGACACUCAAAUACGACACAAGGGUGACCGUGCUCGGACAUGUCCAGCGUGGUGGCGCUCCUUCUGCCUUUGAUCGCCUGCUCGGUUGCAGAAUGGGUGCAGAGGCAGUGUUGGCCCUUAUGGAGAUGACUGAGGUACAAAAAGCGAUGAACGAGAAAGAUUGGGAUCUUGCAGUGAAAUUGCGUGGACGAAGCUUCCAACGCAAUCUUGAAACCUACAAAUUACUAACAAAACUGCGUACAGUGGAAAAAGACAAUCUUUCCGGUGGUCAGAAUUUCAACGUUGCAGUGAUGAACGUCGGUGCUCCUGCUGGAGGUAUGUCUCUGGGGUUUGAGUUCGAAGAGGGCAAGGCUUCCACCUUUGUUCGCUAUUCAGACAUCAUUGAAAUAUUUCACUUCGUAAUGUAG